AUGGCUUCAUCACCCCCCGACUUCAAAUUAUCGUCCACUCAAACCGCUCUCGCUCUGAUCGUCCCUUCACAUCUUCAACCUGAGAUCAACGCUAUCCGUAAGAUCCAUGACAAAGCAUACAGAAAGUGGGAACCACACAUCAACAUCAUGUACCCCUUCGUCGACACCUCUCUCCUCUCCUCUGCCAUCACUACGCUCCACGCUCAUCUAUCCGCGAAUCCAAUAUCCCCGUUCAGCGUAAAGAUUGACGAUGUGGGAAUAUUUGAGCAUACGAGAAGUGCCACUGUGUUCUUGAAACCGGGGGAGGAAAGUGGGGAGAAGAUUUGCGGGCUCAGGAGACAAUUGGUGGCUGCGCUUGGGCGGAGUGAGGGCGAAGGAACCCGUGACGGGGUGUUUAGGCCCCAUUUGACUGUUGGCCAGGAGGGCUUUAUUGGGCCGACUAAGGCUAGGCUGGUACAGAAGGUGGCCGAAUCUGGGUUCACUGAGACAAAGUGGAGAAAAUGCUAUCAUUUCAGUCCAGGCAUUGGAUGGAAACAGGAACAUAAAAGCAAUUACUCCCCUCCCGAUGAGUGGGCAAACCCCACGAAGUUCACUAUCGCAUCAUACAAUCUGAUGUCUGAACCAAACGCACCCAAGUUCUCAACUCGCCUUUUGAACAUCGUAGAAGCAAUUUCUAAAGCAAUGCUGCGAACAACAUCUUCUACUCGAGUCCUUUGCCUCCAAGAAGUCGACGAGGAAAUGCUACUCCUUCUACUCAGAGAUGUGAAUCUCCAAGAGCUUCUUCCAUUUUCAACACACGGCCCGUCAUCUCUCUUGCCAAGCCGGAGAAAUCUAGUCACCUUGUCGAACGCGCCGUUCUCUUACUACAGUCUCCAAUUCGAAGAACGGCACAAGUUGGCACUCAUUGUUUCUUUUCGAGAUACUUUAGUCCAGGUCGCGAACGUUCAUUUGACGAGAGCCUUGACCGAUGAAGCUGUUGCAGCGAAGAAGCGUCAGAUGGAAACUUUGACCAAUUUCCUCCUAAAGUCCCCAACACCAAACGAGGAGAAUAUUUUCGCAGCAGGAGAUUUCAACCUAACUACCUCUUCGAAAACGAUUGAGGUGGCGUUGGCUCGAAAACUCAUCACUCCUCAAACAGCGCAAUGUGUUCGAGAAGUCAUUGAUCCUGAAGUCUGGGACGAUGCUUUCCUUGUUGCUGGAGAUGGUAACGCGGAAAUUGAUAGCGAAGAGUUCUACGAAGGCGAGCAAGGAGCGACCUUUGAUCGAUUGACAAAUCCUUUAGCUUCGAUGUCAAAAGUGGCCAUUGAUGAUCGUCCCCAACGAUACGAUAGAAUUAUUUUCCAAAGAGGAAGAGGGAUCCAUCCUGUGGGCUUCGAAAUAUUCGGGCGACCCGCUGAAGAUGGAACAUUUUCCAGCGACCACUACGGUGUCUGCGGUACAUUCCAGAUUGAGGAGGAAAAAGGUGCAAGUGAAAAUCCAGCAUCAGUUCAACGCUCCCUGGACAACAUCAAAAUUGCGGACGACUCUACAGACAUCCAACCCCUUAUCAAGCCUUACUUGCCAACAGCCGCUGAUCGAAAGCAACGAGAAGAAGCUCUCGAACUCCUCCAACGAACUCUAUGCGACAGCAAAAGCUUAGCAGAUCUUGUUCUUGCACCACUUGGAAGCUAUGCGAUGGGCACCUACUUCACGGAUUCAGAUAUCGAUGUCUUGGGUAUCGCUUCAGUUUCCCCAAAACAGUUCUUCAAUUUCGCCACUGAACAGCUAAGAACGAUUAUUUCAGGUGAUGGUGAGACGUUCAAGGGCAUCCACUUCGUGAACUCUGUUGUUUCGAUCAUUGAGGUCAGUAUUUUGGGGAUCAAAUUCGACAUACAAUAUUGCCAAGCAGCUGACGUGGUCAAAAGAUACCAUUCAAAAACUCCGCUCACCCCACUUGAAAUCCUAAUCUUCGACACUUCGCUAAUCUCAACACUUCCCCCCAGCGCCCUCUGCCCCCUAAAUACCUACCGCUCAACCAUCUUCCUCCUCACCACUCUCCCAUCCCUCGACUCUUACCGCCUCUCCCACCGUUUCCUCGCUCUAUACCUAAAACACCACGGCUUAUACUCCGCCAAAUUCGGGUAUCUAGGAGGAAUCCACCUUUCCCUCCUCCUAAACAGAGUCAUAAAACUAAUGUCUCUCACCACCUCAAACUCUCUUACACCAGCAACAAUAAUACGAACCUUCUUUGAAUACUAUUCUACGUUUAACUGGGCCGAAAAUUCUGUUCUUGAUCCAGAACUGGAGGUACGGAAAGGGAUAAAGGUUGAGAGAACGGCGAGAGAGGCGAUGGUCAUUCAAGCUCUGCAUCUCCCGGCCGCCAGGCCGAAUGUGGCGGCUUCGUGUACACGCCUUUCUGCUCUUUCAAUCUCCUCGGAGUUCGCUCGAGCGAAAGCUAUGCUGGAGAGGGGGGAUUGGGGGGCAUGUCUCGGUUCCAAUGAAAGUGGGGCGAGUGAAUUUCUGACUAUUUAUGGAGCAUAUGUGAGGAUUAGCGUCGAGGCGUGGGACAUUCUUGAGGCUGGUGGGGAGAUAUUCAGGGAGGUUGUUGGAGCGGUAGAGAGUAGGGUUGUUAGGUUGUUGGUCGAGUUGGGGAGAAUUGGAGGUUUGGAGGCGAGGGCUUGGCCUGAAAGAUUUUGGGUCGUUGAUGAGAUUACGAGAGGAAGAGGCGAAGGGUUCAAGGGCUUCUAUAUGGUUGGGGUGAAAGCUAGGGAGGAAAGUGAUGAGAAGAAGAAGCUGGUUAGUGGGAAGGUGAUGACAGUUGUAAAGGCAUUCGAGACGAGUGUUAGGCAGGCGACGAGUUUAGAGGAAGAGAAUAUGUGGAUUGGUGCCGAUGUUACCUCUAGGAAGAAGGUAGCUGGGCUGAGGUUGACGGUUGAUCGGCGGGACUGGGUACAAGGGUGUUAGAUUUCUAUCUUCAAUGAAGCACAGCGAGGACUGCGAAGGCAUCAACAGGUUUCGAAGACAGCGCAAUUGAAAUUCAAAACUUGACAUCAAAUGAUCUCG